ACAAUCAUUCACUUCUCCAGUUUACCAGAAAAGCUGAGUAAAGAAAAUAAAAAUGAAAACUUUCGUCACUGUCAUCUUUUUCAUUGCCAUUUUUGGCAACAUAAAUUGUGUGCCACUUAAAGAGAAAGACGUAGAUCUUGCAGAGAAAAUUAGAAUGGCCAUAGAAAAAAUGAUUGCAGUCAUCCCUGAUUCAAUUGCCAUAAAAGAUGUAGACAUCAAGAUUCCCUCGAAUAUUUUGAUCAAUGGCGAUUUCAAUAUCACCGAAAUCUCCAUCUCUGGGCUCAAAAACCUGAACAUAGAAACCCUGACCUUUGACGAGAGUAAAGGCCAACUUGAUUACGUCUUCAAUUUUGUUGAUAUCAUCACCAUCGUCGAAACUGAUCUUCAUAUGACCGGUCUAGUAAAGUUCGAUCACCCUUUGUCAGUCCAUGUUGAUUUCAAGGAUUUCAAAACAAAAGGACACGCCCUGCUAGCCGAAGACAGGAAAAGCGUGGAGGAUUUCAAAAUUUUGAUCAAUUUGGGAGAGUCAGAUUUUGACAUUAAGGGUCUAGUGAACAACGACAAAUUAAGCAAAGAUGUAAGCAAAUUCUUGACUGAAAAUGUAGCCAAGAUAAUCGAUGAAAUAGCGCCCGUUGUGUCGCCUGCAGUCAGUGAAAUAAUCAAGAUUGCCAUCAAUGUCAUACUGAAAAUUGUAAAAUAAAUAAGCAUUCCAGUUUUUUACUUUUUAUACGAGUGACGAUAGUUAAUAUUAAAUAAAAAAUAG